CGUUGUCCCGAUGGGAACGACGGCCAAGGAGGAGAUGACGCGCUUCUGGGAGAAGAACACCAAGUCCAAUCGUCCCUUGUCCCCUCACGUCACCAUUUACAAGUGGUCCCUGCCCAUGGCGAUGUCCAUCACGCACCGGGGCACCGGCGUCGCGCUCAGCUUAGGAGUCUCCCUCUUCGGUCUGGCUGCCCUGCUGCUCCCGGAACAGUUUCCCCACUACCUGGCCAUGGUGAAGUCGCUCAGCCUGGGGCCUGCUCUCAUCUACUCUGCUAAGUUCGCUCUGGCUUUCCCCUUCUCCUACCACACCUGGAAUGGAGUCCGACACCUG